UUUUUUUGCCCACCCAAUGUUUUUAAAAGAUUAUUGUUUUCAACAUUCUAAUCAGUUUUUUAAAGUAUUUUUAAUUUUUUUCAUACGAGCUUUUUGCUCCCAUUUCUUAACUGAUGCAUUUACCAAGCUUGUUUUUUUAACAUACUUAAAUGUUUGGUUUUUUACUUUAUGUUGUCUAAAAAUUAUUUUUAAAUUUAAUUUCAUACGAGCUUUUUGCUCUAAUCUUUUAAAUGAUGCAUUUACCAAGCUUGUUUAUUUAACAUAUUUAAAUGUUUAUUUCCUACUGUAUAUUGUCUAA